AUGAACAGUAGUGGACAUGAUUUAAAGAGAAGUGGAGACAUUUCUUAUUUUAAAAAUGUUGCAAAGAAACCCAAAAUUGGUCCAAAAUGCAUGAAAAGACAAGACAAAGAUGAAGUAAAAGAUCACAAAAAGUCUAAAUUUGUUAUUGACCAUAAAGCCAAAGUUUUGAAACUGAAUUUAUCAAGGUUGGAUAAAAAUCUGGAAGCAAAUGAGACUGAUAAAGAGAUUGACAAAGAAGUGACAAAAAAGUUAGAAAUUAUAAAUGAAAGGAGAAAGGAGAAAUCUCGUCCUAAACAUAAGGAAAAAUCUGAAAGUGAAAAUAUUCAGAAAAAUCUAAACAUGGAUAUUCAGAAAAAUCUAAACAUGGACAAUCAGAUAAGCAUAAACAUGGAAAUUCAGAAAAGCAUAAAGAAGUCAAAGGAGAAAAUUCCAAAAAAGUACAAGAAUUUUCCUGAUAAAAGAGGUUCCAAAAAAGGAGAUGAUGACAAGCAAAUAAAAUCACCAAAAAAUCUAAAGAGGAAAGCAAAUGAAGAGGAAAACAUUGCCAGUAAAAAGUCAAAGCACGAUGACAAAACUGAAAACUGUGACGAAAAGAAAGAUUCCAUAAAAAGACCUGAGACUAAAAUGAUAUCUGUUGAGGUAAAGAAGAAAGAAAAUAAAAAGGAAGAAAAACUGCAUGAACCAUAG